UGGGUGCAUACCUUUUUAUACAUCGCAUUGUCAAAGAAGGAGCAUUUCUGUGUUGACCGAAUAAUUCAUUUGAAGUCAGUGAGAUUAAUUUAAUGAACACUAAUAUGGGAACGCAGUGUGUGGAUUAUCUCUGCUAACGCGGACGAACUCUGGACUAAUUUCUCCUAAAAUGGAACAAAGGCGUUACACAUCAUGGCGAACGAAGAUUGCUUGUGCGGGACUAUUACUUUUUUUUUGGAGAGGCGUUUUUGCACAGAUACGAUAUACGGUUCUUGAGGAGCAAAUAAAUGGCACUGUUGUUGGAAACAUCGCAAAGGAUUUGGGUAUUGAUCAGAGAACUUUAAAAGAACGAGGAUUUCGUAUCGUAUCGACGACAGGGGAACCUCUGUUCAGGGUAAAUACGAAUGAUGGAGCCUUACGUGUAAAUGGGAAAAUAGACAGAGAGGAGGUGUGCGAGAGGAGCAGUUCGUGCUUGAUUAAUCUAAAAAUCGCACUUGAAAAUCCUCUCGAGAUUCAUUAUGUAACAGUUGAGAUAGUUGAUAUAAAUGAUCACGCACCGAUAUUCCCGGAAAAAGAGAAGCGAUUGGAAAUCUCAGAAAACGCCGUGGCUGGUGCGCGUUUCCAGCUUCAAGCUGCACGCGAUGGAGACAGUGGAGUGAAUUCAGUGCAAAUAUAUAAACUAAGUCCGAACGAACAUUUUAGAAUCGAGGUUAAGGAUCGCGGUGCGGAUGGAAAGAUACCAUUUGUAAUAUUACAGAAACCGCUAGAUAGAGAAACCAGUUCUAGGCAUAAGCUCCACCUUACCGCGCUGGAUGGUGGGAGACCACAGAAAUCGGGCACAAUGGAGAUAUUAGUGGAUGUCAUAGAUGUAAAUGACAACAUGCCAGUUUUUACUAAAGACACAUACUCUGUAAAGCUUAGUGAAAACGCUCCGAUUGGCACAGCUGUGAUUCAGGUUAAUGCAACCGAUGCAGAUGAGGGUGCCAAUGGUGAGGUAUUUUUUAGUUUUGGACAUGACGUGGACAGUAACCUGCUCAGACUUUUUGAUCUAGACCCAGUUACAGGUGAGAUAGUUGUGAAAGGACCAAUAGAUUUUGAACAAAAAGACCAAUAUGAGAUUGAUAUUCAGGCAUCAGACAAAGCGUUGGCACCACUGACUACAGAGAAAAGCAUUCUUAUUCAAAUUGUUGAUGUAAAUGAUAAUGAGCCAGAAAUUGAGGUGACUUCAUUGUCAGUUGCAAUACCAGAAAACUCAAAGUUGGGAACAACAGUAGCAUUAAUUAGUUUGAAUGAUUUGGAUUCUGGAAUGAACGGGAAAGUGUUUUGCUCAGUACCUGAAGAUAUACCUUUCAGUUUAAUGCAAUCCUCACAGGAGAACAUUUACUCAUUGGUAACUAAGUCAUCACUGGACAGAGAAAAAAUAUCCCAGUAUGACAUCACAUUAACUGCUAAAGAUGCAGGGCAUCCACCAUUAUCUUCCAUCAAAACUCUUACUGUGUUCAUUUCCGAUGUAAAUGAUAACAGCCCAGAGUUUUCCUUAAACCCUUACACUUUUUAUGUACCUGAAAAUAAUGUACCCGGAAUGUCGAUGUUCUCUGUGUCUGCUCAUGAUCUAGACUUUGACGAAAAUGCCAUAAUAAGCUACAACAUUUGGAGAGACCCUGCUCAAGAAAAUAAGCAUUCAUCUUUUCUUAAUAUAAACCCUGAAACUGGGGAGAUAUAUGCACUAAAAAGUUUUGACUUUGAAACAAUUAAAUCAUACCAGUUCUAUAUUGUAGCUUCAGAUUCAGGAACUCCAUCAUUGAGUAGCAACGUUACAGUUAAUGUGUUCAUACUGGAUCAGAACGACAAUGUUCCAGUGAUCUUAUAUCCAGUCAGUUCUAAUGGAUCUGCUGAAGGUGUGGAAGAGAUUCCUCGCAAUGUGAACGCAGGACAUUUAGUGACCAAAGUGAGAGCCUAUGAUGCAGAUAUAGGAUACAAUGGCUGGUUACUGUUUUCACUGCAGGAAGUGAGUGACCACAGUCUGUUUGGUUUGGACCGCUAUACUGGACAGAUAAGGACCCUCCGCUCAUUCACAGAAACUGAUGAAGCUCUGCAUAAACUGGUCAUACUGGUCAAAGACAAUGGCAAUGUGUCACUUUCAGCAACAGCGACUGUGAUAAUCAAAAUUGUGGAACCCAAAGAGGCUUUUGCUGCUUCUGAUGUUAAAAACUCAGUACAAGAUGACGAAGACAAUGAUGUUACAUUUUAUCUGAUCAUCACUCUGGGCUCGGUUUCAGUACUUUUCGUGAUCAGUAUCAUUGUCCUGAUCGUGAUGCAGUGCUCCAAAUCUACAGACUAUUCCUCCAAAUAUUUACAAGAUACAAAUUAUGAUGGGACACUGUGUCACAGCAUCCAGUACAGAUCAGGAGAUAAACGCUACAUGUUAGUUGGACCCAGAAUGAGUAUUGGUUCUACUAUUGCCCCAGGAAGUAAUAGGAAUACUCUAGUUGUGCCAGAUCGCAGGAGAAGAUCAUCUGGAGAGGUAAGAUUAAAAAGAAUAACUGCCCAUAAUUUCCAGAACUAGAAUAUACAGCUCACUUUGCUGUAAAAUGAUGAAUUCAGGAUUUACCUCUUUACCUUCUACUGAACUCUUUUGACAUCAUUUAAAAGUAUUUUAAUAUUUUAAAUUAAGUAUACAUUGUAAAAUGUAUUUUAUAUUUUGUGAGCCGCCGGGGCGGGUGUGGGGGACCAAACACACCGAGACCAGUAUAACUUAAACAACCCCGAAGGGGAAUUUAUUUAGAGUCUUUCACAGACAAAAGGAAAAAGUUCAGUCUUUAGCUCUGCAGCCCACUCCUUGUGGGAUCAGCUGGGGCAGGGUCGGAGGCUGAGUCCAGAGCCAGUCCGCAGGAGGGUAUGAGCUCCUCUUCGGGCUGGCAGAAGGGUCCUGGAGUCCCGGACGCGGCGGCUCACACUGCGGGUCAGGAUUCUGUAGGGAGGACAGAGUGGAGGAGCAAGAAAGAGACGGACAGAGAGCCAGCGUUAGUGUCGUCUUGGAGGCUCCCCUCCUAGAAUGCCGUUUCAGCAGCCUUUUUGUGGGGCUGCUGAGUGGAGUUGAGAGGCUGCCAGCCGUGCAGCACUCAGUGUCUUCCAGCCGUGCUCGGAGGGCGGGGCUGUCCCGCCUGCUGGUGUUUUUCCACCACUGUCCCACCAGUGGUGCUGAACGGUGGCCACGCAUGGGAAGGCGGUGCAGCUGGGAGCUGUCCGGUGCUGAACGGCGCUCUGUUUCCAGCGUCCUCUCUCCUCGAGGUCGGCGCCGCAGGCCACAAUUUGCAUUUAUCAACAUUGUAGUAGAAUUCAAAACUAAAGAAUUCUCUAACAACAUGAUUUUGUGUUGGUAUCUCUAA